GGGCAGUAGGGGAAGAAUUACUGGGACAAACCUAGAGAGUGAAAAUGGACGCACUACUUCAAAUGACAGUAACAGCAUCUUGUGCUGCCAUAGUAAUUACUCUGCUGGUGUGUAUAUGGAGAGUGCUGAACUGGAUUUGGUUCAGACCAAAGAAAUUGGAGUUGUUGUUGAGAAAACAAGGUUUGGAAGGAAAUUCUUACAAGGUUUUGUAUGGGGACAUGAAAGAGUUUUCUGGGAUGAUUAAGGAAGCAUACUCAAAGCCUAUGAGUCUAUCUGAUGAUGUAGCACCAAGACUGAUGCCUUUCUUUCUUGAAACCAUCAAAAAAUAUGGAAAAAGAUCCUUUAUAUGGUUUGGUCCAAGACCACUAGUAUUGAUUAUGGAUCCUGAGCUUAUAAAGGAAGUACUCUCAAAAAUCCAUCUGUAUCAAAAGCCUGGUGGAAAUCCAUUAGCAACACUAUUGGUACAAGGAAUAGCAACCUAUGAGGAAGACAAAUGGGCCAAACAUAGAAAAAUCAUCAAUCCCGCUUUCCAUCUAGAGAAGCUAAAGCUUAUGCUUCCAGCAUUUCGCUUAAGCUGUAGUGAGAUGCUGAGCAAAUGGGAAGACAUUGUUUCAGCUGAUAGCUCACAUGAGAUAGAUGUAUGGUCUCACCUUGAGCAAUUGACUUGCGAUGUGAUCUCUCGGACAGCUUUUGGCAGUAGUUAUGAAGAAGGUAGAAAGAUUUUUGAACUUCAAAAGGAACAAGCUCAGUAUCUUGUGGAAGUUUUCCGCUCCGUUUAUAUCCCAGGAAGGAGAUUUUUGCCAACAAAGAGGAAUAGAAGAAUGAAGGAAAUAAAAAAGGAUGUCCGGGCAUCAAUUAAAGGUAUUAUUGAUAAAAGAUUGAAGGCAAUGAAAGCAGGGGACACCAAUAAUGAGGAUCUAUUGGGUAUAUUACUGGAAUCGAAUAUUAAAGAAAUUGAACAGCACGGAAACAAGGAUUUUGGAAUGAGCAUUGAAGAAGUCAUUGAAGAAUGCAAGUUAUUCUAUUUUGCUGGCCAAGAAACUACAUCAGUGUUACUCCUAUGGUCUCUAGUGUUGUUGAGCAGGUAUCAAGAUUGGCAGGCACGGGCCAGAGAAGAAAUCUUGCAAGUCUUUGGCAGUCGAAAACCAGAUUUUGACGGAUUAAAUCAUCUAAAAAUUGUGACAAUGAUCUUGUACGAGUCUUUAAGGCUGUAUCCCUCACUAAUAACACUUACCCGCCGGUGUAAUGAAGACAUUGUAUUAGGAGAACUAUCUCUACCAGCUGGUGUUCUAGUCUCUUUGCCAUUGAUUUUGUUGCAUCAUGAUGAAGAGAUAUGGGGUGAAGAUGCAAAGGAGUUCAAACCAGAGAGAUUUAGAGAAGGAAUAUCAAGUGCAACAAAGGGUCAACUCACAUAUUUUCCAUUUAGCUGGGGUCCUAGAAUAUGUAUUGGACAAAAUUUUGCCAUGUUAGAAGCAAAGAUGGCUCUGUCUAUGAUCCUGCAACGCUUCUCUUUUGAACUGUCUCCGUCUUAUGCACAUGCCCCUCGGUCCAUAAUAACCGUUCAGCCUCAGUAUGGUGCUCCACUUAUUUUCCACAAACUAUAAUUUUGGUACUUCUACUAAUAUUUUAGGGUUUAUUCAGACUCAGAUACAUGCUUCAACAUGGUUUUAGAGCAUCAAGAUUUACAUAUAAACCGUGCGACUUUAUCAUAUGAGAUUAUGAUGUUGGAUUACAGCAGGAGCAGAGCUACAGUCGAAGCUGGUCAGUUGAGCAUACUUAAACAAAAAUUAUACUGAUUUAGUCAAAUAUUAUUUUAUCGAUAUCCUUGAAUACCUUUGUCGAAAUUUCUUUAUAGCAGCAUACCUUUACCCUCG